AUGGGAGACGCUUCAGGUGACGCGAUUGCUACCAACACUUCAACUCGAUUGGAUUUCAUUCCCCCUUCUAUCUGCAUCUCUCUGAGAAUGCAGAGUAAAACUGGAUUCAUCAAUGGAAAAAUCGUGAAGCCAAAUUCUGCAGAUCCAACCUUCAUGCAGUGGGAAAGGUGUGAUGACAUGGUGACCUCUUGGAUUUUAAAUUCCCUCUCACCAGAUCUGCGAGAUAGCUUGCAAUACGUCAACAAUGCCAAAGAGCUUUGGGAGGAGUUGGAGGAUAGAUAUGACCAAAGUAAUGGUUGCAAACUCUAUCAACUACAGAAGGAGAUAAAUGACCUUGUGCAAGGCAUUUUGAAUGUCACUAGAUAUUAUACUAAUAUGAAGAAGUUGUGGGAAGAAAUGAACACUCUUGAUGUCAAUUUUCAAUGCACUUGUGUGUGCAUUUGUGGUGAAAAACCCAAGAUGCAUAAGGCUGAGCAAGAUAGAAGACUUAUACAUUUUUUGAUGGGCCUAAAUGAGAUGUAUACUACUGUAUGUGAAAAUAUCCUCAUGAUGUCUGAUCUACCAACUAUGGCACAAACAUUUGCCAUUUUGUCACAAGAGGAAAGAUAA